AUGGAGAGUUUCAAGCCGACCUCCUUCAAAGACGCCCUGCUAUGCGCCGACCCGAUGGAGAUUGUGUCGUCUCCAACUUCUACUUCUGCUCCCCGCUUGCCCGAAACCGGUGUAGAUGUGAUUGCAUCGGUUGAUAUUCUGAAGAAAAUUUGGAUGACACCAUACUCCAAAUCUUCUCUCUCCAUAGCGGUUCACCGGUUAGGACAGACUAUAGUCUUGUCUGAACCUGAAGAGAAACCCACGGUUAAAAACAUGAUUCAAAAGUAUGCAGAUAGCUUGCACUUGUCAGAUCCUACGCAAGUUACACCUUUAACCUGGCUUGAAGCUUGGCUUGAUAAUGUGAUGGCCAAUGUGCCCGAACUUGCAUUUUCUUGUCAUGACAAGAGUGUUGUCCAAGGGUAUGAACUUUUAUCAGCUGCUGAUCUCUCUGGGGAGACACCUGCCUUUGACCCUCAGGUUGCUCAGCAAAACGGUAUUGCUGUUCUAAGGUAUCUUCUAUCAAAUUGCAAAGAGGAUCCUGGAGUCUACUGGCUCUACAAAAGCGCUGGUGAAGGAAAGAUUAGUCUCUUUGAUCUGUCCACUGCUUCAAAGAAACCCCCUUUAGGCGAAAGUCCAUUGCCACUGGUUGUUCGGGCAUGUGCACACGAGCAGUUUGCAAGGCUCAUUCUGAAUAAUGAAGAGGAGUUGGAUCUUACUUCUGAGUCUAACAACGUGCAAGGUACUGGUCUCGAUAUUGGUUCUGUAUGCCAAGAUCCUGCGCCUCUGCUUCAGACUACAACCACUCGAAUUUCAUCGAAACUAGCAGCAGUUCACCAUGUUUCUCAAGCUAUAAAGUCGACGCAGAAACUUCAGGGUGAUAUCCGUCAGUGGCUUCGGACAUCUAAGCUAGACAAGAAAGUGUGGAACCUCAUUCUUCUACUUGGUGAGUCAUAUCUCUCUCUGGGGCAAGCUUACAAAGACAAUGGACAGUUCCCCCAAGCUUUGGACACUGUAAAGCUAGCUUGCUCCACUUAUGGGUCAAUGCCACACAAGUACGAGGAGACGCUGUUUGUUUCUACCUUGUACACGUCCUUCUCUCUGCAGUCAAAGUCUUUUCCCAUGCAGUCAGAGUCGUUUUCCGUGAUAGAAGACUUGAAAGGGGCAUGUGAUGUCAGUCUCAGGGAGGAACUUUCAUCAAGACGUCUCUUCUGGGCUAAAGUUUGGUUGCUGGUUGGUGAAGUUUAUGUGUUUGAAUAUGAAUCCAAACAAGUACAUGGGAAAUCUACCAAUCAAGGCGAAAAGCAGAAUCUCAGUCCACUAGAAUUGCCAUCUGAAGUAGCAGAAGAAGUGGAAAGGUUGGAGAAGAAGUUAGCACCCAGUGAUAGGUGUGGCUCAUGUGCAUUGUUUAAUUGCAACUGUGUGGCUCAUAUCAGGAAGGCUAAGGCUAAGAAGUUAACCGACAAAGCUAGAGGCGGAAUAUUCAAGUAUGUCAACAAAUCUAAGAAGGAUGAUGCAGAAAGCAAUCUGCGGGCUGCCUUAUAUUGUUUUGAGGAAACGGAAAGAGCAUUAGAAAAGGUUACAAGAGGUUGUAAUGAGCUUCAGGGUGUUGUUAGGAGGAAAAUGUGGGUAUGGAAUGAAGUUGGUCGGAUCCAUCUCUCGAGUAAAAAUCUGAAGAAAGCUGAAGAUGCCUAUGCUAAUGCUAUUGAGGCUUGCAGGAAAAUGAGUGAUUAUGCUAGUAUGAUACUAAUCAUAGUGAACAUGGCUUUCACGCGGCGAAAUUUGGCAGAAGAAAUGGUGCUGAAGAUGGAAAGUAAGCGUAAUAACAAAGCUCGUAAGGAAGCAGUGGGGACUACAAUAUCAGAGUAUUGCUGUUCACUUAGGUUCUACUUGGAAGCAAAGAAAGAGAUUGAUCUUGCCAUUGAAAAGAGUAUUUUAAUUCCUGAAGAACUGAAAUCAAAGGUCUACACAGAGCUAGGUAUGACAUAUGUUUUACUUGGACGGAUUUUGGUUAAGGAAGAUACAACCGUCCCUGCAGCUCUUCUCUCUGAUCAUUCUUCUGUCGAUCCUUUGUCUGCAAGUGAUCUUAUACAGAAGACAAAAUCUUUGUACAAAUCUCUUGGGGAAGUUCGUAACAAGUAUACCGGAGCCGCUUACCGUCAGUUAGCGUUGUAUCUCUAUGAACAAUGCUGCUUAAGGAGGCGUGAAGGAAGUGCUCCUUCACUUGAGGAAGCCAAUCAAUACGCUUUGAUGGCAGAUGCGAUGUGGGAUACAUCAAUGGGAAGGUAUGGCCCUGAGAAUUAUCCCUCUGAAUUUGUGGAAGUCCUAAUAGAGAGAACCGAUCUUUCCUUGAGCCUUCCACGCCAAGCAAACACUGUGCUUGAGUCAGCUUUGUCUCGUUUUCUUGAAGGCCGUCACAUUUCCAAGGAAGAUGAGCUUUCCAAGAAAUUCUGGACCCAAUUGCAGAAGAUUCUGAAGCAGAUGUUGGCCUUCUCGGUGGUAGCAGGAGAAAGCAAGACUGUCAAGUUAAAAAAGCUGUAUUUAACAUCACUCAAGCCAACAAGCCAGAGCACGAGUGACUUGAACGCAAUGCAUCUCACGUGGACUUCAGAAGCUUAG